GCGUCCUCUCUCUCUCUCCCUCUUGACUUCUGUUCAGACUCUCAAGGGAGCGCCUGCAAACCAGACCAUAGAGAGAGAGAGAGGUUGAAGAAGGAGAAAGACUGCGAAGCUCUUGAAUCAUUGUUGAUUCUCAUGGAAAAUCUCUCUCAUUCUCGGAAUCCAAGCAGGUCAGCGUCUUCUCUACAGAAGAAAGCUUGCAAUGGUAAUAAUGGUGGUUUUAGCUACGGCUCCGGCAAAACGACUAAUAUCGCCACCACGUACGACGACGUUUUCGGCGGUCCGCCUAGGUUCGGAGCCCCGACGUUGUCUCCUCGUCUCGAGGACUAUUGCGAGAUUUUCGCCGGGUUUAAUGGCUCCUCACGCGCCGCCGUCUCCUCGAUCCCGGUGCUCGAUCUUCCACUUGUAGACGAUAGAGAUGUCUACUUCGAUGUUCGGAGCCAGGGCUUUGACUACCGUGAGGUUUUCGGAGGUUUUAACGAUCUCGAUUUAGCGCCGUCGUACGAGGAACUGUUUUUGCAGCGGUCCACGGUUGGUGAUUGCGACUCCUCCGACGAUGCUUGGACACCUGAAGAAGUAGAGUCGUUCUCAGGCAAAAGUCCUUCCUUUUCUAAUGGCAGAGAUUCGUACGACUCAAUUGAUGGCUGUACAGAGUUUAACAUCUCUUAUAACAAAGCUAGUCAGAUAAGCGACACAAACAUCUCCAGUGGCGGCGUCAUACGUGUAGCUGAUCUUGGUGCUAUUCCUGGUUAUACCGUUGCAGUUGAUGAAAUGGUUAGUGCAAGUGGAACUACAAAGCUCAACAACAAGGAGUCUGGGCCCUCUUCUGUUGGCAGAGGUAAAUAUGCCCAAGAGUAUUACAGCGGAGUUACGUCUUUUCCGAGUGAACCUUUUGUGACUGUUUCUGAGAUUGGUUUGAAGACUCAUCCUACUGGAAUACCACCUCCUUCGAGACCACCUCCUAUGUUGAAGAGCGAGUUUAGAAGUUCUGCUUCUAAUUCUAGAACCACCGGAUCAGAAGGGUCCGUGGAAGGCAGUUCUCCACCCUUCUUCGACGUAGAGGUUGAUGCAAGGUCUGCUGCUGUGAAGGAAGCUAUGGUAAAAGCUGAGGCAAAACUGAAAAGUGCAAAGCAUCUGUUUGAAAGGAAGAGGGAUGGGGAAGAGAAAUCGAGCCAUACAGCUGGUUUGCCUGGUCUUGAGAGAAAUAUUGGUGUAGCUAGGACAUCUUUACGGGAUAAGUAUGGAAGCAAGUCUCGCUCUUCUCAAGGGUCUGCAAACUCUGACGGAAAUGAUGAAUGGGAAGAGGCUACACAAUUUGUUGAUUUGGUGCGAACAGAGCAACCCAGAAAUGCUGAUGAGAACAGUGGGGGAAAAGGUGAUUCUUUUCCUCUUAAUGCAGGGUUUUUCGAUCAGAAGCUGACACAGGAAGCUAAUCUUGGCUGGGAGAAACAACGGAGGAGAGCAAAAGGAGAUAGGGAGGAUCAUGAAGCUAAGACGUUGCCAAAACACCCUGGAACGAGAAAGGCAACAUCUAGGCAUAAGAGACAUGAGGACAGGCUUGCAGAAAAGGCUCCUGAAGAGCCGAAAGAUGAGAAGUUGAGAGAUGUUGAGCUGAUUGAGAUAGGCAAUAAUUUACCUGAUCAUGGUGGGAUAGUGAAACACAGAAAUCUGCUUAGACCAGAAGAAAACAAGCCCUUAAUUGAAAAACCUGCAAAGCAAAGGAAGGAAUUGCACUGUGAAGAGAAAACAAAACGCAUACAAAAUCAUCAAUCGGAUAGAAGAGCACAUCGGAAAGCAGCUGAAAAGAACCAGGAUUGUGUGUUUGAUUGGGAACAAAAUGCGAGAAAGCUCAGGGAGGCCCUUGGUCUGGCAGAUAACGAAAGCACGCUAGAGAUUUCCCUGGAAAUUAAAGGAAAUGGUAAAACUUUGGGAAUGCGUGGCGAAACGGACGAGACAAAACUUAAUGAGGCCUUGAGGCGGAUGGAGGAAGAAACUAGGUCUAAAGAGGCUCGUGUAAAGGAAGAAACUGACAGCAGAGAAAGAGAAGCUUUUGAGAAGGCAGAAAAUGAGAAAAAAAUAAAGGCAGCUUUGGAGCAAGAAGAGAAGCUUAAGGUUGCUCGUGAAAAAGAAGAGAAUGAACGGAGAGCGGCAGAGGCUCGCGAAAAGGCAGAACAAGAAAGGAAAAUGAAAGCACAAGAAGAGUAUGAAUUGCGGUUAAAAGAAGCCUUUGAAAAGGAAGAAAAAAACCGUAGAAUGAGAGAGGCCCGUGAGAAGGCAGAGCAAGAAAGGAAAAUGAAAGAACACGAAGAGUAUGAAUUGCGGCUAAAAGAAGCUUUUGAAAAGGAAGAAAAGAACCGUAGAAUGAGAGAGGCCCAUGAGAAGGCAGAGCAUGAAAGGAAACUGGAACGGAAAAUUAAAGAAGCACGUGAAAAGGAAGAAAAGGAACGAAGAAUAAAAGAGGCUAGUGAAAAGGCAGAGCUGGAGCGAAGGCUGAAAGAAACUCUUGAACAAGAAGAGAAGGAAAGGCGGAUUAAAGAGAUUCAAGAGAGGGAAGAAAAUGAGAGGAGGGCUAAAGAGGUACUUGAGCAGGCAGAGAAUGAGAGGAAGCUGAAAGAAGCCCUUGAACAAAAGGAGAAAGAAAAGAGGGUGAAAGAGGCACUUGAAAAUGAGAAGAAUGAGAAGAAGCUGAAAGAAGCCGUUGAGCAAAAGGAGAAAGAAAGGAGGGUGAAAGAGGCAUUUGAAAAGGAGGAGAAUGAGAAGAAGCUGAAAGAAGCUAUUGAGCUAGAAGAGAAAGAAAAAAGGCUGAUAGAAGCUUUUGAGAGGGCAGAGAUUGAGAGAAGUCUGCAAGAGGAUCUUGAACAGGAAGAGAUGGGGAUGAGGCUGCAAGAGGCCAAGGAAAGAGAAGAAAGAGAAAGAAAACAGAGAGAAAAUCAGGAGCAUCAGGAAAACGAAAUGAAACAACAUGAAUUUGCAAGAGAAGAGAGAGAUAAAAGAGAAAGAGACGCAUGUGAAAUGGAGAAACCCUGUGAAACCACCAACAAGGGCCAUGGAGAGAAAUGCUCGAAAGAGAGUCUUAGCGACACUUCAGAAGAGGAUGGGAGAGUAGAUAACCACGAAUCAGUGAACAAACGAGGGGAAGAAGAAGAAGGACCAAGUCAGAGAGAAGAAUCAUGGUCUGAAGAAGCCUGUCCUUGGAAGGUAUUUGAGAAGAAUCUUAAAGAUGCAAGCCAAAGUGAAGGAACCAAUGAUCUGGAUGCUGAAUCUGGGAUAUUUGAGAGGAAUGAAGAGGAACCUCAGCUGGGUGAAAAUGGAAGUUAUAACCAACUAAGUGGAGAAUUAGGUGAGGAAUCCACAUCUGUGACUGACAAUGUCCAAGGAGGAAAGCUCAACCAGAAGAGCAAAAAGUUUGAAAGCACCAUCGAUGCCUCAGUGCUCAAAGGAGAUGGUGGAUUAAAAGAAAGAUCAGACGACGAGAAUGUCAGAAAUGCAGGUGUUGGCCGUGAUCAAAGGAAUCCAGAGGAAAGCAAGUGUGCUAACAAAGCACCCUCUCAGGAAAGAGGUAGUACCCAAGCGGGUUCAAAUCAAGAUGCAAAAUUAGAAAGACCAUUGCCUUCUCGAGUAUCUGUGCAACGUGAGAAAGAAGCAGAGAGACUAAAGCGAGAAAGAGACUCUGAGAUGGAACGUUUAAGAAAGAUGGAAGAAGAAAGAGAGAGGGAAAGAGAGAGGGAGAAGGAUCGAAUGGCUUUCGAUCAGAGAGCCUUGGCUGAUGCACGUGAAAGAUUGGAGAAGGCAUGUGCUGAGGCCAGAGAGAGGUCUUUGCCUGACAAGGUAUCAAUGGAAGCGAGACUUAGAGCAGAACGGGCAGCAGUGGAGAGAGCAACCGCAGAAGCACGUGAACGUGCAGCUGAAAAGGCUGCUUUCGACGCAAGAGAGCGAAUGGAGAGAUCCGUUUCCGAGAAGCAAUUUCAGAGUUCAGGUUUCUUUGGUGAACGAAUGGAAAGAUCAGUUUCCGACAAACAAUUUCAAAAUUCAGCCUCUUUUGGUGCUUCAAGAUAUCAAAAUUCUCCUGGUGCUGAUGGUGAAUCACCUCAAAGGUAUACAUCAAGAUUAGAAAGGCAUCGAAGAACAGCUGAUCGUGUGGCUAAAGCUUUAGCAGAGAAGAACAUGCGUGAUCUCGUGGCUCAGAGAGAGCAAGCAGAGAGACUUAGAGUCGCUGAAACCUUGGACGCUGAUGUAAAGAGAUGGUCAAGUGGAAAAGAAGGAAACAUAAGAGCAUUACUCUCAACAUUACAAUACAUCCUCGGUCCCGAGAGCGGUUGGCAGCCAUUACCAUUAACAGAGGUCAUAACUUCAGCAGCAGUGAAACGAGCUUACAGGAAAGCAACACUUUGUGUUCAUCCAGACAAAUUACAGCAAAGAGGUGCAAACAUUCACCAGAAAUAUAUCUGCGAAAAGGUCUUCGAUCUUCUUAAGGAAGCUUGGAACAGAUUCAACUCAGAAGAAAGGUAGAGCCUUGGAUUAUUGACUUUGACCUUGGUAUAUGAUUUGCGUUUUUCACCUUUUCGACUCAGAAGAAAGGUUCGAAUUUUUUUUUUCUCUAGAAAAAUUGUAAAGUCAUGCUUCUCGAUUAGUUAAGAGUCAAAUAUCCUACGUUUCUAAUUAGUUGUCCCCUAGGUUUACUUUCUAUGAUUGCCUACUUGUUCAUUGUAAUUUUUUUUUUUUACUUGCUAUAACCGCUACAUUUUUCUGUGAUAUAUGUAGUAAAAGUUCUUGGCAA